UGCUCGCUUGUGAUGGGGCUUGUAAUCCAGCUCAGCGCUUGGAGGAGAGCGCUCCUAUACCAGGACACAGGUAUAACAAGAAAGAUGGAUUUCCUCAUCCAGUAAGAACGGAUUUCUUUCCGCGUAUCACAUGUUGGGAAUAUUAUGUGAUGAGAGGACCGGUUACCGUUUUCUUUAGUUGUUGUGUUUAUGGUGCUGCUUAAGCGGGAAAGAAAGAAGAAGUGACUGAGCAAUAAACGCCGCGUGUGCUCUCAUAUCUGAGCCGGUUGCUGGUGACCCUUUCAGGGACUAUCCCAGGAAUUUACCCGGACCGGGAAAAAGUUGUCGUCCGGGAUGUUUCACAUGAACUACUCGAUCCCGCGACGGCUGUGAUGCUGCGCGUGGUCCGCUCGUGUGACUUAAAUCCACCCAUAGAAUCUAUGGAGAGUUUAUAAACUGCACGUUUUCAUUCUUUUUUUUUAUUGUGUGGAUAUAUAUCGUUCCGGGGACGGUCUAUGUUCCCCACUGCGCUUCUUUGAAGAGAGUCAGCUUCAUGGACAAACCUAGGGCGAUGGAGCAUCGCCCGGUGCUGGUCAUCCUACUUGUUUUAUUGGGGUUCUCAACUUUGACAUAUGGAUCUCGUCCCCGACUGGAGGACGCGGCGCCCCGCGUCGUGGAGCACCCGUCCGACCUGAUCGUGUCCAAGGGCGAGCCGGCCACCCUCAACUGCAAGGCGGAGGGCCGGCCGUCGCCCAUGGUGGAGUGGUACAAGGACGGCGAGCGCGUGGAGACGGACCGCGAGGACCCGCGCUCGCACCGCAUGCUGCUGCCCAGCGGCUCGCUCUUCUUCCUGCGCAUCGUGCACGGCCGCCGCAGCAAGCCCGACGAGGGCGUGUACGUGUGCGUGGCGCGCAACUACCUGGGCGAGGCGGUGAGCCGCAACGCCUCGCUGGAGGUGGCAAUUCUGAGAGAAGACUUCCGCCAGACCCCCAGCGACGUGGUGGUCGCGGCGGGUGAGCCGGCCGUCAUGGAGUGCAUCCCCCCCAGAGGCCACCCGGAGCCCACCAUCUCCUGGAAGAGGAACAACGUCCGGGUCAACGACCGCGACGAGAGGAUCACUAUUCGAGGAGGGAAGCUGAUGAUCUCCAACACCAGGAAGAGCGACGCGGGCAUGUACGUUUGCGUCGGCACCAACAUGGUGGGGGAGAAGGACAGCGACCCCGCAGAGCUGGUGGUGUUUGAGCGUCCGGUGUUCACCAAGCAGCCGGUGAACCAGGUGGUGCUGGCUGACGACACGGUGGACUUUUCGUGCGAGGUGUAUGGCGACCCCACCCCCACCGUGCGAUGGAGGAGGGAGGAGGGCGAGCUGCCCCGCGGAAGGUUUGAGAUCCGGGGGGACAACAGCCUGCGUCUGAGCCAGGUGAGGGCGGAGGACGAGGGGACGUACACCUGUGUGUCGGAGAACGCCGUGGGCAAGGCAGAGGUGUCGGGCAUACUGCAAGUGCACGUGUCGCCCCAGAUUGUGGUCAGGCCCAGGGACCAGAUUACGGCCCCGGGAAGAACCGUAACCUUCCUCUGCGGCACCAAGGGGAACCCACCGCCGGCCGUCUUCUGGCAGAGAGAAGGCAGUCAGAUCCUGCUGUUCCCCAUCCAGGAGCCGUCCCAGGCGGGCCGCUUCUCCGUGUCUCUGAGCGGCGAGCUGACCGUGGCGGACGUGCGUCCAGAGGACUCUGGGUACUACAUCUGCCAGGCCAUCAGCGUGGCGGGCAGCGUGCUCACCAAGGCCCUUCUGGAGGUGGAGAGUGCAACUUCGGACCGCGUGCCGCCCAUCAUCCGCCAGGGACCGGCCAAUUACACGCAGGCUCCGGGCUCCACUGCCCAGUUACAGUGCCACAUCAUGGGCAACCCCCUUCCCAGCAUCCAAUGGGAGAAGGACGGCCAGAGGAUCCUUGGGAGUGACGGGCGAAUCAGCUUGAUGGAAAACGGCACCUUUCAAAUCACCAACCUUCAGGAAACAGACUCUGGGGUGUACACCUGUGUGGCUUCCAGCUCCAGCGGAGAGACCAGUUGGAGUGGAGUACUAACAGUCAAAGAGAGCGCCGACCAGUCCGGCUCCCAGAACGCGGAGCCCUUCCAGCUGCCCGGCCCGCCCCACAAGCCCGUGGUGACGGAUGUGACCAAGGCCAGCGUGACCCUCACCUGGCAGCCCAACGCCCACGAGGGCGGGGCCGACGUCACCUCCUACAUCGUGGAGGCCUUCAGCCAAUCAGCUGGCAGCACCUGGCAGACCGUGGCAGACAACGUGAAGAUGGAGACACACACGAUCAUGGGCCUGUUUCCCAACACCAUCUACCUGUUCAUCGUGCGUGCUGUCAACGCCUACGGCCUGAGCGACCCCAGCCCCAUCUCUGAACCUGUCCGCACUCAAGACGUGAGCCCCACGGGUCAGGGCGUGGACCACAAGCAGGUCCAGCGGGAGCUCGGCGAGGUCGACGUCCAACUGAAAGAGCCUGUCUCACUCACCACUGGCGCCAUCCAGAUAUCCUGGACAGUGGACCGCCAGUCCCAGUACGUGCAGGGCUACCGGCUCCUCUACCGGCCCGGCGGCGGCACCUGGGUGCUGCAGGACGUCCACUCGCCGUCGGAACGCUCCUCGGUGCUCGGUGACCUGCUCAAGGGCACCAAGUACGAGUUCAAGAUCCGACCGUACUUCGACGAGUAGGGCCGGGACAGCCGGGUGCUGUCGCUGCAGACCCCGGAGGAAGCCCCGAGCGCCCCGCCCCGGGCUGUUACCGUGGUGACGGUGAAGCAAGGCAACAGCUCCAGUGUCAGCGUCACCUGGGAGCCCCCUCCCAGUGACAUGCAGAACGGCGUCAUCCAGGACUACAAGGUGUGGUGCCUAGGCGUCCCGACGGACAACCAGACCCGCUACUCCAUCAACAAGACGGUGGAGGGCUCCACCCUGUCCACGGUGCUGAAGGGCCUGGUGCCCGGCGUCGUGUACCAGGUGGAGGUCGCCGCGGUGACCAGCGCCGGGGUCGGCACCCGCAGCCAGCCCGUGUCUGUCCUAAUCAAGCUGCCGUCGGAGCAAGGUGGCGCGGUGGGCAGCGGGGCUAACGGUGCUGACGGUGUUAGCGGUGGCGGCGGCGGCGGCGGUGGAGCAGAAGGCGGCGCCCCCAGCUCCAACGGCGACGGCGGGGAGAGCAGCGUGAGCCUGGCGGAGCAGAUCACCGACGUGGUGAAGCAGCCGGCGUUCAUCGCGGGCAUCGGCGGCGCCUGCUGGGUCAUCCUCAUGGGCUUCAGCGUGUGGAUCUACAUCCGCCGCAAGAAGAGGAAGGAGCUGAGCCACUACACCGCCUCCUUCGCCUACACCCCGCCGGUGAGAGGGGGAAGGGGGGUGGAGGUUGGGGUGGGUUUCCCACAUGGAGACGGAUCAGGGCUCAAUGGAAGGCCUGGCAUGAUGACCGGGAGCAUGGGGAACUACCCAUGGCUUGCCGACUCCUGGCCCACCACCACCACCAACCUGGUGCACAACAGCAAGGAAGCUGUGGACUGCUGCCCCGCAAAGCACGACGCCACCGACAGAUACUACAACGAGGCCGGCAUCUCCAACUACCUGAGUCAGACGGAGAAGUGCAGCCUGGGCGACUCCACCGAGGGCCCCAUCUACAGCACCAUCGACCCCACUGGGGAGGACCUGGCCAGCUUCCACGGCUACGGGCAGCACGCCACGCCCUACGCCUCCACCUCGCUCACCCCUUACGCCGGCCAGAACCCUGAGCUCGGCCCGACCGGGCAGCAGCUCCAGCAACAGCUCCUCCAGCCCGAGGAGGGCCACUGGGCCACCCAGCCGGGCCCUUCGGGGGCCCAGUACGCCCUGCCGGACCGCUGCAGUGGCAAGCCCAAGCAGAAGCCCAUGGGCAAGGCAGUGAAGACCCCCUCCCUGUCCUGGACUGAAGUCCUCCCCCCGCCCCACCGACCGAAGAGCUGGACCACUGUGUUUUGCUGGACCCCCCGGAGCUCCAGGAUAUGGAGAUACUCGGAGGAGGAGGAGGAGGAGGAGGAGGAGUGGUGCCCCCCGCUCCCCGAGAGGACCUACCUGAUGGAGGACGCCUGCUCGCCGGCCACCUCCUACAGCCACCAGUCCACCGCCACGCUCACCCCCUCCCCCCACGAGGAGACGCCAGCCCCCCACCACUCAGCCCACUUCAGCCUGCUGGACGGACCGCAGCAUCCAGCACGGAGGAGGCUACCCUGCGGCCCCGUGCCCAUGCCCCAGGCCCCGGGAGCUCCCCUCACCCAGUCCAACCCCAACCUGAGCGUGGGGCCUUACUGCCAGAGUCCGGCCCACCGCAACCCGCACAGCCCCGGUGGGACCCUGGAGGGCAGCGACAGCAGCCCCGCCACCCCUGUUCACGGACGUGACGUGCACGGCCUCGGCAGCCAAAAGUCCCGUCUGAAGAAGAAGGCUUCCAAGAGCGGACCGUACCGGAGAGACAUACAAGGAGACUUGCCCCCACCGCCGGAGCCUCCCCCAGAUGAGGGGGACCGGUUGAAGGGCCUCGGGGCCGGCGAUAGGCCCCCUGGAGCAGCAGUGUCGUCCCUGGAGAAGAGGGAACACAACGGCUUGAACCACCAAAGGAAAGGCUCGGGCCCGCGGCUCACGGACGGCGAGGACCUGGCGGUGUACGGCAGCAAAGCGGCCUACGCGUCCAGGAACCACGUGCCAGGGAGCUGCUCCACCACAGGCAGCUCCUCGUCCCGGGGCUCCUCUGGCUCCCGGGGGCCCCCCUCCUCCUCCUCCACCACCAGGAAGCACAGCGAGGGGGAGAGAGUAGCGUUGGGAGUGCCUCAGUAGGAGUGAGUGAUGAACGACAGAAAUCCAAUAGUUCAGAGCAACCGGCAGGACAUGAGAUAAGUUGUACCUUCAACGCACGCACGCACACACACACACACACACACACACACAAACAGACAGAGCUUUUCCCACCAUGGAAGCAAGUGGAAGAAAACGACGAGGGAAAAGAGUCUGAGCUUCUCUGCAGCGUUGUUUUUUUCCAUGGGGACCCAGCCCACUGGCUGUGAAAGAUCAACAGACUUUUCAUCCUAGUUUCAUCUGGUAUUACUCUGAUUAUUUAUGGCCUAAUCCGGAUUUGCUCCUUUAUUUGUAAAUAUUCAUCCAUGUACUGUUCAUUUGUGAGUUCUCGAUACAAGGGGAGGGGGGGAAAGACGUAUAUUGUAUUUAUAAGCAUCAAGAACACAAAUGUAAAAUAAUGGUUCCUUAUUAUUAUUAUUAUUAUUGUUACUAUGAAAGAAAUAUCAUGUCGUCUUGAAUGUGCCAACUGCUCUCUCUCUCUCUCUCUCUCUCUCUCUUGCUCUCCCCCCUUCUCCCUUUUUUGUUUUAGAUUAUUUUUAUUCAAAAUGUAUACGCUGAGAAAGAGAGCGGCCAGCGGCCCUCUCUCUGUUGUCAUGGCGAAGCAACAGAAAACCUGAAGCACAAAGUGUGUUUGUUUGUUGAACGGGAUUUAAGGGGGGCCGGGGUACAGGGCGAGCAGCACCAAUAGGGUGGGAGGGCUGGGAAGGGGGAGUGACCUGGGGGUGGGGAUGAGGGUAGGAAGGAGUAUUCGGAAAGUGUAUUUUUCGGUGCUUCUGGACGACCACCUCUGCCUGGACUCUUGUACACUGGGCGUCCCCCUACGCACACUACACUAUGAAUGUCGUCCCCCACUACGGUGGGGUUUUAUUUCAGUCUUCUUUGGUUUUAUUUACGGCCCGGGAAAUGAUUGUGUCGGAAGACGGACAGGCUUUAUAAAAGGUUUGAUUGUAAACUCCACCACCGCCCCCACCACCCAUGCUGCCCCCCCCCCUCCAUCCCUCCCUCCCUCGACCCCUGCCUCCCUAUGUUCAUUUUACGGAGUGUCUACUGCAAUCGCGCGAGGAAGUUUGCAUCUUCUCUAUCCCAAAAAAAAGAUGAGAAGAAAAGAAAAGCAAAGUUCUGUGGAAUAACUUUUUUGUACUCUUGUUGUUUUGUAAAGUCCAAUAAAAAUGCAUUUGUCAAACGA